UCCCCGCGCUCCACCCAUUUAUAUGCACCUACGCGCCCCGCGCGCGACUUCGUCCAAGAAACGCAGCCCAGCCACCACCACCAGAUGCCGUGGCCUCGCCACCACGCGGCGCCGCUGCUCUCCGCGCUCCCUCUGCUGCUCCUCCUGCUCCUGCUCGCGCCAGCGGCCGCGCAGCCGAACCCAUCACGGGACAAGGAUAACGAUGGCGGCCGCGGAGGCGGGUACGUGCCGACCCAGCCGCCCGGCUUCAGCACGCCCAUGGUCGUGCUCCUCGUGGUGCUCAUUGCCGCCUUCUUCUUCGUCGGCUUCUUCUCUGUGUACAUGCGCCGGUGCGGCCGGGGCGGCUCCUCGGCCGGCCCCGCCAUCCCGGUCGCCGCGCUGCUCGCGCUGUCACGGCGGCGGCAGCAGCAGCAGGGCGAGCAGCAGCGCGGGCUCGACCCCGCCGUGGUCGCGUCGUUCCCCACCAUGAGGUACGCCGAGGCGAGGGAGCUCCGGGUCGGCGGCAAGGACGCCUCCCUCGAGUGCGCGGUCUGCCUCAGCGAGUUCGAGGACGACGAGGAGCUCCAAAUCCUGCCCAGGUGCAGCCACGCCUUCCACCCGGACUGCAUCGGGGAGUGGCUCGCCGGCCACGUCACCUGCCCUGUCUGCCGGUGCAGCCUCGACCCCGAGGAGAUCGCCGCGGCUGGAGCGAGCAGCUCUGGCGAGGUGGCAGGGGAGCAGCAGCAGGAGGAGGAUCAGGUAGCCAUCGUUGUGAGCCGGGAUGGCGCCGAGGAGGAUGAGGAGAGGAGGAGGGAGGCGAUGGAACUGGAGCGGAUCGGGAGCCAGCGCCGCGCGUUGCGGUCCCGGUCGGGGCGGCCACUCGUCCCGCGGUCGCACUCUACAGGCCACUCCCUCGCCGCGCGGCUGGAUGGUGACCUCGAGCGGUUCACGCUGCGUCUGCCGGAGCACGUGCGCAGUAGAAUGAUCGCCGCCGCGGGCGAGGAGAGCCUGCGCCGCACGGGGGCACGGGAUGGCCGCGGUGGCGGCGCCAGGAGCGCGCGGCUCGGGCGGUCGGAUCAGUGGCCGUCGUUCAUCGCGCGGACGUUCUCCUCGAGGGUGCCGUUCUGGGCGGCCGGUUCGAGGCGGGUGCCAGACGCGGAGGCCGUCGAAGGGUCCACGCCGCCCACGGCGGCCACGAGAGCCAAGCGUGAAAAGACGGCCAUCGUCGCGGCGGACUGCUCCGUGACCUCAGCCAAGGGAAGCGUGCGCUUCGACUGCCUCGGCGGCGGGGCAGGCGGUGCGGCCUCGUGCGCGAGAGUUGGCGCCGCGGCCGGCGACAGCGAGACGGACGACGAGGAGAAGGCGAUCGCCCGGCAAGUUUGAGCGUGGCAAGUGGGAUUCGCGUCGCAACACGCAUGUGCUGUCCUGUCCAGUGUCCACGUGCUCCCCCAUACGUUGAAACGGCAAACGCACGUCGCACGGACACGGCACGCGCGCGCGUAUCAAUACGCAGAGGUUGAGAGUUGAGACGAGCUGCUCGAGACUUACCGCUUCUCGGUCCCCAUCGCGCCAUGUGAUCCUCCUCAACGAAGCAGCGCGGCCGCAGAUGGGAACGCACCGCUGAAAUAAUUCCGUUCAUUUAGAAAUGGUUUCUUUUCUUAUUUUUCUCUUUGUAUCUAGUACUAUUUUAUUUUCGGUUGGGGGAGGGGAGGGAAAAUAAUCUCCCAAUUUUCUUUUUC